UCAACAUAACUUCACCAGACGAAGAAUGUCACCUGUCAAACCAUUGCUAGCUGGCUAAAGCUAACUCGCUUAUUUACAGUAGCUUCAAUGCCGUCAUUCCUUCGGACCGCUAACGUUAGGUACUGACAAUAAUGGAGCUGGUAUGGGAGGACCCUCCAGUCCCUGACACUCCUUUCUUUACCAGAGAUCUCUAUGAGAAAUAUUCCCUUGCACCUAAUAUCAGAGAACUGUGGGAAUUUCUCCAAAGUCCUGUAGAGAAUGCUGACAUAAAGCAGGAGUGUGAUGCCUCUGGCUCACGCUCCAAGGAUGAAGCUGCAGAGUUUAAAGACAACAGUUGCAUCAGCAAGGAAGAGUCCUGUUGUGAUAGUGAUGCAGACAAUGCUGCGGAAGGUGCAGAGGAAUGUAAGGACACCGGAAAAUCAAAAGUACAGCUCAAGCAGGUUGAGAUUGAGACGGAUGUUGCUUAUCCUGAACCCAGACUGCCCUUCCCCUGUAUGUCCAGCCUGUCCAGCAAAGAGCAGAAGACAUAUCUUGCCAUUUUGAUGAGUAAGAAAACAAGGGAACCUCCGCAGAGCUUAAAGGCACGAGUAAACAAUGAAGUGAUCCAGUUCAUGAGGUACCUGCAAGAUGUGGCCAAAAUAUGUGCUGACGACUACAACUUCAUAUCACAGGGAGCUAUGCAAUAUUCAGAGGAUUUCUUCACGGGCUGUUUGGAGUGCAUUAAGACAUUUCCCCAGCUCUACCAGAUCCAUGAGAUGACUAGUCUGACAGGGGGAACAUUCAAUCCAGGGCUGAUGCUGGCCUUUGAAAAACAGCUGCUAAUCAUGGGCAAUGUGGAUAUUACAGACCACAAGAUAGUGCCUGCUGAUGCACAGCUUGCAUCGGAUUAUCAGAGUGUUUCAUCAGAGCAUCCUCCAGCUAAAAAAGCUAAGGACAUGCAUGCUACAAUCAGCAGUGAUCGUAAUGCAGAGAGUCUGUGUGCUCGUUAUGAGCCUCACGUGUGUCUGACUCGAGAUGCCCUGGUCAGGCUGCUAGACAACCAUGGCCCUGACUUUGGAGAGCAAUGGGAAGUACCUGUCUGGAUCAAAUUAAACCCAGGAAAAGGCAGUAGCCAGAAAAAGACUGUGUACAUAGACUCACCACUCCUGAAGACUGAAAUGACAGUGAGAGAGAGGAGUCAUACCUACCACGAGGAGAGUUUGAAGCUUUCCAUCAAGAAGAAUGGAAGUAAAAAUGUGUUCCACUUAAUGACGGAGCUUCCUGCAAAUGAGCAGAAACUCUCAGUGGAGACCUCACAAAGAAAUGUAGUGUCUUUUGAAAACAACGGUCUGGACUUUAAAGUGGACCUCACUGACCUGGAGACAUUUGGAGAGACGACGCGCAUUAAAACCCCCAAGAUGCAGAAAACACAGAAUGAGCAGGAUGCACUUGUUAAAAGUCAAAAAGCUACAAGUUCCCCGCCUUUAAGUAAGACUAAAAGGUCUAGUGAGCAUCUGGUUAAUACUAGCAGCAGUUCCCAAGAAGAGAUGAACACCUCAUUGACAGAUAUGGAUGAUCCAAUAAUAGAGGAGACAACUACUGUACCAAAAAGUGAACAAAUGAGACGGGACUCUGCUCAGGAAAGUAACGGACACACUGCUUUUACAGGAGACUCCGAUGAUGAGAAGCUAGUCAUUGACGACUCUGUGUCUCCAGAUGCAACACAACCUAAAGCUAAGACCACGCCAUGCUCUGCAGACCCCCCGAUUACCCCCAUUUGUGAGUCUGUACCUGUAGAUUCAGAGUCUUCCCCUCAGAAAGUUACAAGACAGAGGCGACAAUCCAAAAGAGCAAGGGUAUCUGGCGACCAGCUGGGUGAGAUCCUGCGCAUGCAGACAGCAAUGUUCAACAAUGCCAGUGACACAGCCAAAUGCUCCAUAUCCCAGGAGACUAACUCACCCACCCGAUGUAUGGGACCCUCAGUUCACUCCCAUUCAAUGUCUCUGGUUAAACCCUGCGUGUCCUCAUAUUUGGAGAGAAACCAGAACCAGGAUGGAGAGACCUGCGCUGCUCAUGAAUCUGCACCAGUGGUCAACAUUACUACUACAGAGCACAAAAAAAUACUGUCAGAUGACCUGCAGGCUGGUGCAGAAGAUGAACAAGAUUACGAGGCUCCAGGGGAAGGCAACCUGCUCUAUAAGCUCUACAGUCUGCAAGAUUUGCUGGUCAUGGUGCGCAGCUCUGUCUCACUGACCCAUACCAGAAAAGUAGGCAGCAGCCAAAACCAGUAUGUGCCAGUGCAUGUCUUGCCCAAGCUGGAGUAUCAGUUGAGUUAUGGUGUUGAGUGCCUAAGCAGCAGUGAGGCUUGCCAGCUGUGGACUGAGACAUUGCUCCACUCCAGCACUGUAUCCUAUAUAGCUCACAUCAGUGCGCACACAUCAAAAGUAGCUCUGCUGAGAAAGCUGCCUGACGACUGGAAGCAGAACAUCUCCUGUGGGUUCAAGCCAUCCAAGUCACUGAAUAUUCUGCACCACCUACUUAAAAAGCUAACUGGGUUAGAGGAAGGACGGUACCUGAUUGCACACAAGGCAGGGGAACCAUUUGUGACCUUAUUAAAAGCGACCAAUGGGAAAGUGAGUCGCGGGGCAUACAACCUGCAGCAGGUCCACAGCUCUGUCCCACAGCCCCCAACCCCCAGCCUCGUGCCCUGGAUACCUGUUGAUCCAGCCGUGGUCCUGCCCUUCCACCAGAAACACGGCCGUGUCCCCUGCACCUUCCCAUUAAAACCCUUCGAGUCGGCGAAAGAUGGGUCAUCGCAGUCCAACAACCAUGGAGCUGGGCAGUCAAAGAACAAUUUGAAUGCAGGAGGUAACAAGAAGAAAAAACAAAAGAAACGUGCAGCCAAGCGUAAUAGGUAUAUUAAAAAGCUAGUUCAGAAGUCCAUUUAAAAUCCUGUGUGAAAGGAUUUAAUAUGAUAUGAAUGAAAUGUCAUUAAUGUCAUAGAUUAGGUGAGUCAAAAGAGGAGCUAGACCUGUACUGUUAAGAAAAGGAAAGGAAAGAAAACCACUAACAAUGUCUAUCAUUUCAUACUGGAAAUACAUUAUUACCUUUUAUAUAAAUGUGAAUGUUGAAGCACUUUUACAGUAUAUAAUCUAUACCAUGUAUUUUUGUUUUGUUCAGAGACAUUUUUAUAUUUUCUGUCAAUUAAGUUUUUGUGAAAAUCGAUCAACAAUAAACUUUUGUGCACAGA